AUGACCACCUACGCAGACGAGAAGCAUGGGCGCGAGGAGAAGCAGACAGUAGAACCGAUGCUGGUGCAAGACAUUGCCCUUGGCGAAGUCCGACACACACGAGUCAAGAAGUCGUUCAGCCUCUUGAGUACCUUGGGAGUCUCGUUUUCAAUCACUUCUACACCAAUCGCCAUAGGAACCUAUCUCUCCGUGAGCAUUGGAGUGGGAGGUAGCCCGGUAUACUUUUUCGGCUAUAUCCUUUCGGUCCUCAUGGAUCUAUGCAUAUGUGCCUCUCUCGCCGAGAUGGCAGCUGUCUACCCGCAUUCAUCUGGUUCGUCACGCUUGCGGACUCUGUGAGGUCUCGACCGCAUACUAACGAGCGGUAUAGGACAGACUCACUGGACUGCCGCAUUGGCGCCACGCAAGUACGCACGAGGUCUUAGCUACGUCGUAGGCUGGUUGACCGCCGCCGCAUACUUCUUCUGGACCUCCGCAACCUUCCUUAUCACAUCGCAGUUGAUUUGGGCUUUCGUUCAGAUCUGCAGCUCGACCUUCGUCGUGCAGGCCUGGCAUUACUACAUGGUGUACCUUGCCGUCGCUCUGGUCGGCCUACUCGUCAACAUUCCCCUCUUCAAAUGGUAUCCAUAUCUACUCAAGGGACUGGUCUUCUACAUCAACAUUGGCGCACUAUUCAUCCUGAUCGUAUUGCUCGUCCGCUCGCAUCCGAAGCAAAGUGCGGAGUACGUGUUUGUCGAUAUCGUCAACCUCACAGGCUGGUCUUUCAACGGCGUCGUGUUCUUCCUGGGCAUGCUUCCGGGCCUGACCGCUGUGAAUGGUUUCGACUGCGCUGCGCACAUUGCGGAGGAGGUUCCGGAGCCGAAGCGUCAGAUUCCAUUGGUGAUGAUGCUGAGCGCUGUGACCAGUGCUUUGGGCGGCUUGACAAUGAUCCUGGUGUACAUGUUCUGCGUCACCAAUCCGGCGAACCUUGUCACGCCUGUAGGCGGACAACCCGUCGCCCAGCUAAUGUUGGAUUCUCUGGAUUCGCUGACGCUGACGCUCAUCGGGAUGCUGGUCUUCAUCAUCACCUUCGCUUUCGCUUCCUCAUCAAUGCUGACGACAUGGAGUCGUGUAUGGUGGUGCCUCGCACGCGAAGGCGGUACGCCGUUAUCUAACCUGCAAAGCCGUGUCAGUGACAGGUCGCAACUCCCAGUGAACGCGAUCCUGUUCACCAGCUUGGCUUGCGCAUUGAUCGGUCUACUGGAGCUCGGUUCGGCCACCGCACUCAACGCUAUCUUGGGCGGAGCAAUCUUAUGCAUCUUCGCCUCGUACGGAAUUCCCAUUGCAUGCUCGCUCCUGGAUCAGCGCAGAGCUUUCACUGGCAAUCACGACGUUGCAUUAGGCUUUGCGCUCCCAAUCCUCAACGCUAUUUCAGUCGCCUGGAUUGCUUUCGUUUUCGUCUGGCUAUGUUUCCCUCUGUACAUACCCGUGUCGCUGGCCACGAUGAACUGGGCGGUCGUGGUCUUCUUUGGAAUAGUGGCACUGAGCGGCGUCAACUGGCUCGCUCACUCUCACAAGCACUACACCGUGCCUGCCGCGAUCGAAAGCGUUGAAGUGUAA